GCUGAUAGGACUACAGUAUUAUGAGGAGCCAGUGAAGCUGUUACAACCAUGGCAUGUGCAGUCCGUGUUUGAAAUCACACUAACAAAUGACAACAAAACACAAAUUCGAUGUUUGCUGCCAACCUGCAUAAAGGACUGCAGCAGUCAUGACGGUGAAGUAGAUAGGCUGGGAGAUGGGCAAGGGUUCUGUUAUCGGUGCAGCAGUCCUGGUGAUCACGGUACCACACAGAGCAGAAUGGAGCAGUGGUUCUCUGAGUGGCUAGGCACAGACCUGGGAGAUGGUGACCAGAUGGAUGAUUAUUAUGAACACCAGUUGUUAAUACGAAGAUUUAAAUACACUCACAUACCAGAACUAGAAUGCAAACGUCUCAGCUGGCCCACUGUGACUGCCCACCCAGUCCUGAGACCAGGCCUGUUUAAAGCAUCCUAUGGAGCACAUGGCACAGAGCUGAUCCUAGUUUCCUAUAAAGGGUUAGAAAUGCAGGGCUACAAAGUUUCAGGUGACCCCAAUGUGCCAGCAGGACAAAUCAGUAUCCGUGCUGACCUAACACAGUCACUAAUUCUCAGUGAAGAACAACAGAGCAGUGUGCAGCUUCUCACAGACAUUGACCUGCCUGAUGCAGCACCAGCUGUGGCCACAGCAUUGGAACAGUUGCCACCUCAGCCAUUCUUUCUUCCAUAUGACUGUUCAUAUAGAGAGCCUAGGAAUGAUUGCCCAAAGAAAUGCAAGGCAAGAUUCUUAGGAAAGCUUCAGAUAGCUGGGCAUGGUUUCCAGGAUCCGAGGUUGACUCCCAUGCAUUGGAUAGUAUUCAAUGAAGACUUGUUCGGAGUGCUCUGGCUUGAUUUGAGAAAUUUCUUCACUUUCCACAGAGUUGAGACAGACUUUUAGUGGAGGAGCCAUAGUUAAUAACCAAAUAAUUGGCAUUUUUCAAAGUUACUUUAAUUAUUUUUUGCAUAGAUUGAUUUUGCCAUUUCUCAGUAACAUUGUACUUAAAGAAAAAGGUCAUAAUAGGCUGGUUCUAUUCUGACUUGUCAAGAAAUAAUUAUAAUUAGAGCAGAUGCAUAAUUUCAUUAUUUAUGUCCUAUAUUAAAUAAUAACUUCUGGUUGAGAAUUAAAACCUGGCUGAUUAAUUACGAUUCUUUUGAUACAUAAAUAUCUCUGCAA